UUUUCUAUAUAGUCAUCUGUGAAUGGCAAAAUAUUUAUUCCAUUCCAAUUUUAAGUCUUUUUAUUGCUUUAUUGUUUCGACCACAACUUCUAGUACAAAUGUUUAACAAGGAACAGUGAUAAUAGGCACCUUUUUCAUAUGACAAAGAUAGUAAACUGUUUCAUUAACUUAAAAAUUAUCUCCUCUUUCCUGUUUCUUAGUCUAAUGGUGCACAUUUUAACAAUUUAACCUAUGGAUGGUCUACUGUUAAUUAGUCUCUGGGUUAUAAAAUGUUGCUUCAUGGUGCUAAUCACUAGUGAGCAUUAGGACUAACAAAGAUGUAAAAAUAGCACGUACCCUCAAAAGAAGCCACAUUGGCAAACAUAAAGGUGCCUAAGAGUCAUCAGGGGAGUUUAUUAAAAUUGCGGAUUCUCAGGUGCUCCCCCAGCAAGUUUGACUCAAAUGCCUGCCCCUGGGGUCUUGCACUUGUCACUGUCCUUGUUGUUGUUUGUUGUUUUCUUUUUUUAAAAUCCAGUUCCUUUAGGGAUAUCUCUGUUCUCUGUAGGAUAUUAAUGAUAGUUGUUUCUGAAGUUUUCUCCAUACAGUCUUUUUUCUUCUUCAUUAUCCUAGCUGCUUUUUUCUGUUUGUUCUGUGUCGGUUUUUCCUAAUAGAUGCUUGCUUCUGAUUUCUGGUGAUCCUUGGAGGCCUACUGACUUGUGAGUGGAGCCAUAGAAAAGCUGAUGGAAGCUUUGUGUACUUAGAUAGGGCUUGUCAACAAGGGCUUCGUUGUAUGGGAAUAUGGGUAAACCCUUCAGGACUGCCAUUUGUCCUUGUCGUUAGCUCUUUUCUCUUGGGCUAGUCAGCUUUCCCAGAGAAGAUUCUUUCAGUCUCCUGUCCUGGAGAGUAUAAUAGGCCUGCUUGCCUUUGUUCUGAUAGGCGAAUAGGGGAAGUAUGCAAACUUCUACUUAAUUCACCCUGUUUCAGCAUAGUACCCCCUUCUCAUACCCUCUUUCGGGAGGGGGUCAGAGGGCUGAAUGCACUGACAGACUUUAAACCACUCUGUCUGUUACUAUACCCACUCUUAUCCCCACUUCCAGAAGUACCUAGUGCCCAACUUUGAGACUUUUGAUGGGUUCUGCAGGGUGAAUCAGGUUACUUCAUAGCUUUUCAUUACUGGCUUAGAAUUCCGCUUUCUUAGGACGGCUAAGUCAGUUACUGCUUGUUUACCUGCUUUCCAGCUUCCAAAAGUUUGUUGCAGUUUUCUCCUUUCCUGUUAUCUUAGGCUGUGUUUUUGAAAAAAAAUCUCAUUAAUACUGUUUUAGUAGAGUUUCAGGAGAGACUGGGGCUACACACUUUUAUUCAAUUUACCAUCUUUAACUAGAUAUUACUCAUACUGUUUGUGAAUAGAAGGUUAGCACCCCGUCCUUUUUCAUUUUUUCUAAGUCUAAUGCAUAGAUUUGAUGUUCUAAAGCUGUGGUGUAAUUUUCUCUCUAGAUAUUAGGUAAACAGUUCACUUUGGCUUUCUUGCUUAUCUUCAGCCUCGUUUCUAAGAAAAUAGGAGCUUAGUCACUGGGUUAACAAAAUUAAGCCUCUCAAGGUGACAGUUGAAGAGAGUCAGGAGGCUGCAAACCUGAUUGCUUGGCAGGCUGGGGAGGCAGGGGCUUGCUGUGCAUGGCGCCCCCCAGAGCAGAACCGGGGGCGGGCAGCCAAUGCUUCCCACCACUGAAAGCAAAUUGUUUCAAACAUAUUAAAGUGGAGAUGUCUACCCGGUGUUGAAUGAAUAGUUCUGGAGGGAACACAGAAGAACCCUUUGUGGAAGCAGUUUCUCACCAAACCAAUCUUCCCUUUCUAAUUGAGCCGUGGUUUUCACUGCUCUGUUUUAUCUCCACCAUGACCACCUUAGCCCAAGCCCCUGCGGGCUCACCUGGACUAUUCCAGUCACUUUCUUGAUGGGCUCCCCGUUUCACCAUCUCACCAUGUGGAAAAGGAGCUCAUUCCUCUGCCUGGGAGUGACAAGGAAAGUAGGAGUUGGCCAGGUAGACAAGGGGUGGCAGGAUAGCCCAGGAAGGAGCAUAGCAUAGUGUGGAAAACACAGAAGCGUGAGAGAAGGUGGCACGUUAAGGAGAUACCAAGUAGAUGGAUCUGCAGCUGUGGUUGCCUUUGGGCCACUGUGGGAGAGAGGUCUGCAGACAUAGUGGGGUGACAGGCUUUGGGGAUCCAGCCUGAGAGUUCAUCCUAGGCAAGAGCCUUCUUCCAAGUGGUAUGUCAGCUCAGGUGUUACGGAUUUUAAUGAUAGCAUCUUAGUACUUUAUUGAGGAUACAUAUACACACACUUUAAUAAAAGAUUUUUAAAGAUGCUGACAAAUGAAUCCCUAGGAUUUUGAGGGCAACCUUCCCUCUAGUCAAAAGGUAGGCCUGUCUUAGAUGAUAGGAUCUAUUAAAUUAUCAUCGGUACCCACGUUUGAAACGAAAUUUGUACAAGUUGUUUAUUGCUUGAAUUUCCAAAGAAAAUUAUUAUAGACCCCCUCCCUUUUUUUUUUUUUUACUUUAACCUGAUAAAAUGCAGUGACUGAGGCACAAAAUAUAUGGUCCAUCACUUAGGAAAUAUCAGUGACUUUGUGAAAAGUGAAACUGAAUUGAUAGCACUGAGAGGGAUUUUCCCUUUUUUCAUCUAAGUCAGUGUCCUUUAACCUGUUUAAAUCUAGAGCCCCUUAGAAAAUCUGAAGAAAGCUAUGGUCCCUCUCAAGAACUCUAAUACACAUGCCUCCUAAUUUUGCACAAAAUUUUUGUGAAUUCUCAGCCAUGGGCCCCGCUUAUGAACCCCUGUUCUCAGUUAAGGCCGAGAACCCAGCCACAGCUAUCUGGUAGGGUACUCAUCAAGCUUCACAUCUGUAAUCCUCAACCAAGUUACUAGCCCAGCCCCAAGAGCUCCCCUUUUGCUGAUGAGACAUAUAAUGAGCCCCAACUCUUCUAACACCGUACUUGCUCAGAUAAAACACCUAACAAGUUUUACAAUGCAUGUGCAUAAUGAAAAACAAGCAGUAGCAACCACCUGGAGGUUCUGGGUAUCUUCUUCCUCCAGCUGAUGUUUCUGGAUGGUUUUUUUCAUAGAUGAUAGAGACUUGCUAUCAGAGUCCUUCAAAUAUUGAGGGGAGCACCCUCUCUAGAAGCCUCCUGGAGCCAAAUAAACAAUGCAUUUCCACCUGCCCUGCUCCAUGAUUGGCUCUUUGAUAUUUUGUGAGUGUUAGAAGAAACAGAACCUUAUUAGAGGCCCUUUUAAAAUUGGCCUUAACACAUUUACAUAAAAACAAUCUCAGGUUUCAGGACUAGGAGAGAAAAACACUAGGAGAGAAGGUUUGGAGUAGAACCUUCUUGCCCACAAGGAGUGAUGAGUGGAGUCAAGAAAAGAACUUAAGAGUACCCAUGUUGGAAGACUAAAAAUGGAAAUUCAGUUUCCUCUCAGAAAUGGGCCUUGCAUCGUGUCACUGGGGACAAUGGAAAUAGAAGCCAGAAGUCAUAGUUUAUUUUGAGAAUGUUGUAAAACAUUUGUCUCCCAUUAGCUGAUUGUGUUACGCAGCAUUGGGGACGUCCUGGAACUACACUUGUGCCCUGACCUCUCCCUCCGCCGUCGUAUACCAUCAGCCCUCAGGGAACACAGUCCUUCCUGGCUGUUGCCAUAUAUAUAUGUUCUUAUUCCAAUCUGAUGCUCUCUCAUCCCCAAAAUAAUCAGCAUGAACAGAAUGGAGCAGAUGGCACAAGCCUUCUUUGGCAUACUGGCAGAUCUGUAUCACUCACUCAGUAUUUUUAGAAUCAAGGGGAUUGAAAAUUAUGUCCUGAGAUGUUUUGGGGGAAGACUUACUAUCUUUCCAGGGUGACAGGUGUUGAAAUAUUACCGUAUUUAAGGCUCAAAUGCAAUCUGUAUGUCAGGUUACAGAACUGACUGAUUAUCAUCAGGACCAUCCCUUUGUUAGUUCUCCGUUAGGAUUGUUGGAGGUUUGCCAGAUAAUAGAAAGUUAAUCACAAGUCUGUUUUAAGGGUGUGGCCGGAAAGCUCAUCAGGUUUCAACCAAAGAUUGGAAUCAGCAGCAGCCAGCCAGUACUGGUCAAGUACAUGGUGAUGGGAGAUGCUGUAUUAUCCACACGGUCUAUUUUUUAAAAAUAGCUGGGCUUUGAUCCUCAGCCACAAUGAAUUUAUAAUCUGUUGGGGAGACUAUGUUUAUAAUAGUUUGUGAUUAUAUCAUGAAAACAGUGCAAAUAUUUAUAUUUGAAGAUCCAUAUUAAUGAAAUAGAGUUACGGUGAAUGAAAUGUUAUAACUAUUUGUGAAUUUGAGUUCAUCAUUAAAAAAAGCCUUCCUGAAGAAACUGAGGAAUGUUUACUAUUAUAAAUGAAUUCAGUUCAACAUUCGAGGACCAAUUUUGCACUUAGGGUUGGACUAGGUGUAUUUAACACAGAGACCGAAACUCAAGAAAGAUAAAAGUCUUGGCAAAGACAUUAAUGCAAUAAGUUUAAUAAGUAUAAAUAUGCUUAAGUGACUUAAUGUUUUGUUGUUGUUGUUCUUUGCAAGUUUAAUGGGGAAAGAGUUGGAGGAAAUGUCUCACAUUUAAAUACAGUAUGGCCAUGUCUAAAACGCCUUGAUUAUAUACCCACCAUCUUUGAAGGCCCGAGGGAAAGGUAAUGAGGCCUACAGCUUGUUGGACUUCUGAAUCUUGGGAAGUGGCUGGAAAGUGCAUCUGGGAAAACUUUAUUCAAUGCUAAAGGCAGGUACUUUUUUCUUGAAUAAAUCUUAUUUUUCCUUUGUAUGCUUGGUGCGUUGGUGAGCAGUCAAAGUUGAUAUCUGUUGAGAAACAAAGAGCUCAGGCCAGUUUUUACUUGCAACCUCUUACGUCCUGUGUGUGUUGAGCAUGUGUAUUAUCCAGGCUACUGGCUCCUCCCACUGUGAGUAACGGAUGGUGAAGCAUACGUAGCAGAGAACGUGUGUCUCUUUUCUGUUAUAUCCAUAGUUGAGUGGUUAGAACCAUGUGCCAGUUUGCAGCUGAUGGUUUCUGCUUUUAAUCCCAGCGUUUAUAAAUACUACCAUGUAGUUGUAUGGUGUGUUUUUAGAUUACCGAGUGCUUUCAGAUCCAUCUUGUUUCAGUUGGUUGUCCCUACCAGCUCAUUUACAUGCAUCAGAUAGAUAACACAAACUGAAACUCAGGACAGCUAACAAAGGGGUGAGCUGGAAUUUGAAGUAGGGAAUCUUUCUAGUGUAUUCAUAAAACAAAUGACGGGAUCUACAUAAAUACCUUCUGUGCUUCAGGGAAACGCCUGAGGGCAGAUGAGCAGCCUAGCUGUGCCUGAAGGAAAGGGUAGCCUUGCCUUCAUCUCUUUUGACAGUGAAACUGAGAGUGCCUGUGCCUUCCAGUACAGCAGCCACUAGCCUCCUGUGGCUACUUAAAUAAAAUAAAAAUUUCAGUUUCUCAGUAUCACAUUUUGAGUGUUCAAUAGCCAUCCAUUUUCAUCACAGAAAGUUCUGUUGGACACUGGUCAUCUCUCAUAAAGCAGGAGUUGGGGAGAAUGAAUUUAAAGUAUACAUGCAGGGGAUUGGUGUAGGUGAGAAGCCAGACCAGCUCUUUCUUCUGAGUGACUAGCGCUGUUUUGAGUUCAGCUAUAAAGAGAGCAAGAAAAAAAUGCAUUUCAAACUUCGUAUUGUGUGUACAUUUUAAUCUCUUAAAAUAGACCUGGAAAAAACACAGCAAUUUCAAGUGAAUGAGUAUAUUUAAUGAUGAUGAUAAAUUCUAUGCCUUUAUAGCUGGGCCAGUAUUAUAGCCAGACUUAGGCUGGAUGAGAAGUAGGACACGCCAUGAGUCCUGGCAGCAAAAACUCGGCCACACAGGCUAGAAUUCCUGGAAGGAAUCACUUUGUGGCCAGGGUGGCUGGGAUGCCUCAGGCCGGGCGGCGAGGUGAACCGGCAGACGGACGGUGCAGGACAAGGAGCUGGGGGAGAGGGCUUUGGACAGAGCUGGGACGGGGGCUCAGUUCAAGUCACACUUGGUCACAGAGGAAUAAGCUCUGUGUGUGUUGCCAUCAGAAAGGAGGUUUGGUGCCAAGAUGCUAGCUGAGAACGCCGGUGUCCCCGGCUUUGGAUCAGUGCUUGAAGCUUCAGGUCAAAGUGCACACGUCAGCUCUGAAGGUUCCAAGCAGGUGGGGCAGGAUGGUGAGGGGUGUCUGUCUGGUGCUGGCUCCUUGUGAGCUCUUGACCAGACACUGAAAACAUCCGAGCUAGUUGAUGCGGAACACAAGAAGUUUCCUGCAAUUUUUGCCCCUUAAAAAAGGAAUGUGUUUGUCUAUGGUUGCAUGUGCUAGGUGCUGAUAUGUUUAAAGAUGCUUGAACUAUUAUUAUCGUAAAAUUUCAUCUAGCUAGACUCCAGCUUUCUGAUCUGAAAGUAACUACAAAGGUAAGUAAAAAUUAACUUUUAACAGUAAAGAGCAGCUCUAAAAGAGUUGGCAGUAAAUGAAUGACUGCAGGGAACAGACGCCUUGAAGACCUGCUGUGAUGGGUCAGGUUGCUGUGAGUGCCCUGCUCACUUGACAAAGUUCAGAAAAAGCUGGCCUGGGUACAAAAGCUACUCCAGUGAGUUUCAUGACGUGCCCCAGCUCUAGUGAUGCAGAUUGCCUUUCUGCUCUGGAACCUCAUCCAUGCCUCAGACUUGCUCCUCUCAACCUGAGACUGCGUGGAAACUGGGAUGUGGGAAGCAGGAAGCAGAGACAGUGGUAACUGAGAGGCCCAUGUCUGGGUAGAACCAGGUCCGGGACCACAACGCUGCCUCCCCCCUGGCCUGGCGCUCAGCUGCUGUGGCUCUGCUGAUGUGCUCAGCACCGUCCUUCUAGUUGUACUUAAAUGGCACAGCAUUUGGUCAGCGCAUCUGAAAAGGAAGGUGUGAGAGACAAAGCCCAUGGCCACCUACCCCUGCCAAUUAUGUGGCAAGACGUUCCUCACCCUGGAGAAGUUCACUAUCCACAAUUAUUCCCACUCCAGGGAGCGACCUUACAAGUGCUUGCAGCCAGACUGUGGCAAAGCCUUCAUUUCCAGAUAUAAAUUAAUGAGGCACAUGGCUACCCAUUCACCCCAGAAAUCCCACCAGUGUGCUCAUUGUGAGAAGACUUUCAACCGGAAAGACCACCUGAAAAACCACCUCCAAACGCACGACCCCAACAAGAUGGCCUUUGGGUGUGAGGAGUGUGGGAAGAAGUACAACACCAUGCUGGGCUACAAGAGGCACCUGGCCCUCCACGCGGCCAGCAGCGGCGACCUCACCUGCGGGGUCUGUGCCCUGGAGCUAGGGAGCACUGAGGUGCUGCUGGACCACCUCAAGGCCCACGCCGAAGAGAAGCCCCCUAGUGGAGCCAAGGAAAAGAAGCACCAGUGCGACCACUGUGAAAGAUGCUUCUACACCCGGAAAGACGUGCGGCGCCACCUGGUGGUCCACACAGGCUGCAAAGACUUCCUGUGUCAGUUCUGUGCCCAGAGGUUUGGGCGCAAAGACCACCUCACGCGACACACCAAGAAGACACACUCACAGGAGCUGAUGAAAGAGAGUCUGCAGUCCGGAGACCUUCUGAACACCUUCCACUCCAUCUCUCCCCAGUUCCAACUGAAGGCUGCCCCACUGCCUCCUUUCCCUUUAGGGGCUCCUGCACAGAACGGGCUUGCAAGCGGCCUGCCAGCUGAGGUACACAGCCACACCCACGGCCCCUCGGAGCAAACCUCCCAGCCUGUACCCGCGCUGCCAGAGCUCCUGGCGCCGCUCCACCCCGCAGCAUCCCCCAGCUCUCCCCCCCCACCCCUCCAGAAUCACAAGUACAACACCAGUUCUACCUCAUACUCCCCACUUGCAAGCCUGCCCCUCAAAGCGGAUACUAAAGGAUUUUGCAAUACCAAUUUGCUUGAGGACUUGCCUCUGCAAGAGCCUCAGUCACCUCACAAGCUCAACCCAGGUUUUGAUCUGGCUAAGGGAGGUGCUGGUAAAGUAAACCUGCCCAAGGAGCUACCUGCAGACGCUGUGAACCUAACAAUACCUGCCUCUUUGGACCUUUCCCCUCUGUUGGGCUUCUGGCAGCUGCCCCCUCCUGCUACCCAAAAUGCCUUUGGGAACAGCAGUCUCACCCUGGGGCCUGGGGAAUCUCUGCCCCACAGGUUAAGCUGUCUGGGGCAGCAGCAACAAGACCCCUCACUCGCCAUGAGCACUAUGAGCCUGGGCCAGCUCCCCCUGCCCCCCAUCCCCCACGUUUUCCCAGCUGGCACUGGUUCAGCUAUCCUGCCUCAUUUCCACCAUGCAUUCAGAUGACUGGUUUUUAAAGCGUACCUUUCUUAUUCUGGAAGAUGUUUUAAGAAGCAUUUUAAACAUCAGUUAGUUAUGAUACAAGGAAAGAGUGAGAAAGCAGGACUGGAAUAUGGCUUAUUCAGUGAUGACUGGCUUGAGAGAAGAGAGUUCUCGAACUGCAUGUAUUGUGCCAAUCUGUCCUGAGUAUUCAUGCUUUGUACCAAAUUUAAUAAGCAAGUAUUCUUUAAUGGAACUGCAACCAUUGUCAUAACCGACAUCCAUACGAGGGCUGCUAUAUAUAGGUGUUUGUCAAAUUGAACUUAAUCGUAAGCCAUGAUCAUAAUAAUGUUAACUAAAUAACUUUAUGUGGCACUGCCUAGUAAGGGAACUAUGGAAAGGUUUGGAUUUCUCCAAAAUGGGAGAAUUUUUAAAAUAAGAAAAUAACCUUUAUAUUGCAUAUUAUGACUAGGCUGUGUAUUUCUUUUCAGGGAUUUUUCUACCUUCAGGGUUGGAUGUAGUUUAGUUACUAUUGCCAUAGCCAACCUAUAGUUUUACAGAAACAAUUUCUUGUGGAAUAAUAGAUGUCUCCAUUUUAAAAAAGCAUUUUAAAUGUAGUUUGAAUAUUUUCCACAGGAUGCUACAAUGUGAGUUAUCACUUCAUUUAUCUUAAAGACUAAACUGAUUGUCAGUUACAUCUGACAGAAAAAAAAAAAAA